UUGAAGCAGCUGCAAAACAGUCAAUCAAUCAAUCAAUCCAUCAGUCAGACAAGCAAGCAGUGCAGCUGGAUAUCACAAAUUGCAACAUGAAGUGCUGCAUAAUAAUUCCUUUGAUGCUGCUGGCAAUUGCACAGCACAUCUCAUCGGUGGAGGUGCACUUCGAGGCACCUGACAGCGGCUUCUUCCUGAAGCACGCACGCCAACCACCUGUAACACCGGAGAUCGCCAACGUCCAGACAUCGUCCUCACAGCCGCCGAUCAAGACGCGUUCGUCCUAUGAUUCGGUAUUAUCGCUGGAUCGAUUUACCGUCGUGGAGACGACACAACCCGUCUCCAUAAGGGCCAGUUAUGGUCCGUUCUCCACCAAACAGACUGUGCCCGCUCGCUACAUUGUGCCGGACACCAUGGACGCCAAUCAAGCCGGAGACUAUGUCAAUAACUCCACGGCCACUUUGCUGGAGCUGCAGCAACCGAACAUGCAUCUGGACAUCUCGGCGCAUUUGGUGCGUGGCACUGUCUCCCAGGAUUCGCCCGUUUUGCGUGUGCUCUUCCAUGCCGGCGCCGAUCCUGGUGGCCAUCUGCAGCGCCAGAAGGUGUGUGUGCUGCUCCAUGUGGCCAUGGCCAAUGAGCAGCCGCUCAAGGGACGCUGCAUGCCCGAGGGCGAGGAUGGAGUUUGUGUUGCCGAGGUUGUCAUCCCACUGGGUUGGUGGCCCGCGUUGCCGGCGCCCAGGCACAACAAUCUUGGUGGCACUGGACAGGCAGCGUUGCCACCAAAGGUGCCACAACGUUAUGCCCAGGUGUCGUAUAGUGUGUUUGAGCCACCUCUGAGGAAUCCGGAGCAAUGUGAGCCCAAGGUGCAGAUUCAACCGUUGACGACAUUCGCACAGGUUCCGCUGCUGACAGCCAAGACGGCGUUCAAGGAACUGCGUGCCGAUGAUUCCGUGACGUUCCUCUUGCCCCAACAUCCAUUGUAUCCCAUGUCCAAGUUGCAUGUGCCCGUCUUUCUGCAUCAGUAUGCAGAUCAGGAGCAACGUGUGGCCGCUUUUACGGUGCGUGCACGUGUCAAGGCCGGUUUAAGGAUAAUGGGAGCAAGUGCGUCCAGUGAUCAGUGGAGCAUUAGCAUUGAGAAGGAGAAUCCCAAGCAUACAACGGCCAGAGUGACUGCAUUCCGCAAGGAAUCCGACACAUCCGCCAGCACAUCCAGCAUGGAGAGUCGCCAAUCGUCCAACUACAGCAGCAGCAACAACAACGAGGUCUACGAGGUCUUCUCCUGGCUCCUUGAGGUCGCCGACGAUACCAAUGAUAUACUCGAUGGUGGCAAGAUUGUGUGGUCCGUCACCCAUGUCUAUGAUACGCCCAAGGAUAAGGAUUCAUCGGAGCUAAUUGCACCGGAUGAUACGAAAAAGCGUCUGAUUGCCAAGCUGGAGAUCAACAAGGAUGACAUACAGGCGGUGUUGCCCAUGGCUAAGAUCUGGGAGGUAAUGAACACGGCGGUGCUAACUGGACGACAGGUUGCCCAAGCCAUGAAGGUCUUCAUUGUCUCGCAGGCUGGCAAAGUGGCGGACGUGACUCUACAGAGCUCCUGCCAUGCCGAGGACGAGAGCGUCAUCAAGGUUUCCUCGUCAUGCAGCUCCGUUUAUGUGGAUGGCUCCGAGCAACGUGGCUCUUCCAACGCCUCGGUUAUUGUCAAGUACGGCACCUAUGUGGGCGUGGCCAAGUUCAUUGUCUGGAUGCCCGAAUUUCCACUUGAAGUUUACAUAUCCGAUUUUCGACUGUCCCAGAUCAAGGGAUGGAAAGUAACCGACGACAAUCAUUAUCUACACAACAAACAAUCGCGACGUCGGAAGAAGCGUUCGUAUGUGUGGAGUCAGCAUGGCACGAGCUACUACAACAACGUCGGCUCCGACAAGAGCAUCUGCCGAGCACGCUAUCAACAGAGUCCCGUCGAAGUCUAUGCCAAAUUCUUAGCCAUCGAUCAGAACUCUGGACGCAUUAGUUACUUUAUAUCACGUCGCACGGGAUUGCGUGUCACGGAUUUGGUGCAACCGCUGCUGCGUGUGGCAGAUCCAAAGAUUGCCUCGCUCAAGGGACGCAUACUGCAGGGCAAAUCAAUGGGACGCACCGAUGUCCAGGUUUUAUCUCCUAUAACGGGUCGAGUUAUUGGCACCAAGGAGAUUCGUGUGGGCAGCGACAAGGUUAAUCUUUCCAAGUUAAUUGUGAGGGUUAUAUCCGGUCUGCAGUUGACCAUUACGCCGGAGAAUGCCAUUGAGAAUGGUUAUCUGGCAGAGACUUCGGUGACGCACAAACUGACGGCACAAUAUCAGGAGGGACUGCUCGACAUCGAUCUGGAGUUCUCCGAUGGCUCCAAGACGCCAUUGCGCGAUAUUGCCGUCGAGGAUUAUUUCCUGCUGGUGGAGAGUCUGGACACUGAAGUCGUUGCCUUUGCUCCCAUGCUCGCCUCGCAUCAUCCACGUGUCAUUGCCGUGGGCGAGGGCAAUGGCAAUCUGUUGCGUGUGACGCUCCUCCUCUCCGAGGAGUGUCGUCUGCGUCGUGGCUCCGGUGCCGGCUCCAGCUCCUCAUCCAGCUCCAAGCAGAACAAACCGAAUGCGGCGCCGCUGGCGAGCGCCUUGGCCUCCAUUGAGGUGGACUUUAACAAUGUGGAUAUUGUGAGCAAACAGGAGUCCAUACAAAACGAUGGCACAGUGGGACGAGAGCGUAAAAACUAUCGCAAUACGGGAGAUCUAGCGGAUAUUAUAGUUGGCAUUCCGUUGCGCGACUCGAGUCAACAAUAUGAGCCCACUGUGCAGGCCAGACAACAUCGGGCGAGCAUCCAGGCUGUGCACAAGUCACAUUUCGGCAACAGAGCUGGCUUUGCUGGGGGAAAUAUGUCAUCCAUGGAACUGGGCAUGUAUGUGCUCCUCACGGCCUUCUGCUUUGCCAUCAUUGUCUUUGUCAUUUCGUGUGUGGUUUAUGCCUCUAAAUUUCGUCCUGCUAUGAUUGAAUCUGGACUGGAUCCGUUGACGGGCGCUGGCAAAGGCAAUGGCAAUGGAGCUGCAGGUGGCGGUGGUUUUCGAGAUGUGCGCUUAAAAGAGUCCACAACAAAUGCACAUGAUUGGGUUUGGUUGGGACGAUCCACCAUUGAUCGUCAGUCGGUGGCAGUUGCAGAUGUACCACAACAACAACAGCAGCAACAGCAACCACAACAGCCGACACAUCAGCAACAUCACAUCAAUGCGCGUGAUUCUCGCAUGCGCAUCACCAGCAAUCCCAUCAUUACCUACGACAAUGGACGACGUGUCAGCUCCUUUGACCAGCAACAACCCAAGUUGCAGACACACAUUGUGCCAGCCUCCAAUCUGAACAAACUUCAUGCGGAACACUAUUUGGCCAAUGAUCGCAAGGAUGCGGCUCUGGAGUAUAAGCCACCGGUGCCACCGCAUCGCAAUGUCGGCACACGGGCCAUGUUGCCGCCACAGCUGCCACAGACAGUGCCAGUCAAGGAUAAGGAUUUGAUCAACAAGCGACACAGUCAGCAUUUUAAGCGCGAGCAUUUGCACAAUGAGAACAACAACGCGACGCAGCAGCCGCCACAGCAACAACAACAACAGCAACAAUUGCCACUACCGUUGCAUCAUCAGCCGGAACGUCAGCAGCAGCAUCAACGGAGUCACAGUCAUAGCCAUAAUUUUAUGCAAGAGCCGGCAUUGAGAUCGGCACACAUGAAAAUCAAGCAACAGCAGCAGCAGCAGCAACAACAACACCAACAACACGAGGAGUUGCACAAUGCUGAAAAGUUGGUGGAAUACACAAAUCCGCAUCAGAAGAAUGCAUUUCAAUUCGAUUCGCUGACACCAAAGAGAGUUACCAAAGCAGCACAAGCUGCACAAAUUGCAGCUGCAGCCAACGCAGCAACAACAGCAACAGUUGCUGCCGCAUCCAUCACAGCAGCAGCAACAACAACAAUUGUUGCUCCAGCUUCUCCAGCUAUAACACAAAUUAAAGAGAAUCACAACCAUAGCAUAUUGAGCAGCGUUGCCGAUGCGGCCAAUUCGAAUGCCACUGAUGAGAUUGUACGGCUGCCGACACCGCCGGGCACAACCGUCAGCAGUGAGCCAACAACAAAAUCAUCGCGUGUCAAGCGUGCCACAGUUGUUGGCAAUCCCAUGUUCUCGGCCACCGUCGAUGAUUCGUUGGCACCCGGCGAGCGUCUCGGACUCGAUGAUCUCGACAUGGACUAUGAGCAAAUCAUGCACUAUUUCGACAACCUAAAGGAAUCAAAUGCCUGAGUACAAGAGAUAAUUGCUAAAAUUCGCGAGAUAUUGUCAACAUUUCAUCAACGAUAUCAGAAUGUCGUAACGCCCAUGACAACGCCAACUCGGAAGCAGAUGCAAAUGCUUGAUCAGCUCGUUGAGGUUGCAGUUGCGGGUGUUGCAGUGACGCCAAAUGCAAAUGCAACCAAAGGGUAACUAAUAUACACACACACACACCACACACACUCUCAACACACCACAAAUGAAACGCAAUUCUAGCAAUCCAAACCUUAAAGAAAAAAAAUACUCUCGACGCUGAAAUCAAGUCAAAAAAACAUAAAGAAAACAAAGCAAAUUUAACAACAAGUAUAACAACAACAAAAGGUAUUUAUUGCCUAGACUAAGUUCAUAUAUAAAUCAUAUAUAUAUAUAUAUAUAUAUAUAUGUAAACCUAGUUUAAUAUCGAUAAUAAUAUCGUACAUUAACAACUGUUCUCCUUCCCUUCCCUAUAACGCACACCUAGCACAAGUGGUUGAACUCUGUCUCCCUCUUUAUAUUUAUCUCUAUCUCUCUCCCCACAUUACACACAUCUAGUGUUUAAGAGAAAGCUGCUAAAAGCUUACACUUGAAAGCAUCUGAAAGCAUAGCUUGUUCCAAUUGCUUCAACAAUUAUUGCUUAAACGCUUCUUGCAAAAUGACCCAAAUAAAACAUAUGAAUAUUUAACUUAAUUAACCAAAAACAAUGUGUGAAUGUGUAUGUGUAUGCGUAUGUAUGUGUCUGUGCAUGUAUGUGUAUAGUUAAAAUAAUACAACAACAUAUUUUGUACGAGAUUUCGGCCUCAUAUGCAUAUCUCUCUUUCUUAUUAGAAAUAUGACAAAAAA